UUGCUCUAUUAGUCCAGUAAUGUCAUUGCAGAAUAACGAGGCAUUGCCGUUUCUUUUAAUAGCUAUUUUAUUUUAGAAAUUUGUAGUGACAAACUUUUGGGAGUUCCCCUUUCAUCAAGUUUAAAUCAUUACUGAAACAAGCAAAGGACGGAGACAGAGAAUUCGACAAACAGCAAAUGUGAGAACGAGAGAAACAGAUUGAGAGACACAGUGUGAGAAAAAGAGAGAGAGAAACAGUUUGAGAAAGAACAGAAUUGCAAAAAAGAGAGCGUUCUGAUACUUCCAUUCCCUGUCUGUUGCUCGGUGAACGAUUUGUUUGUGCAGUUUUCCUGUGUUUGUUUGUCUAAAUAAUGCCUGAAGGAAAAUCCUGCACAAUGAUUUAACACAACGUCUCAGGUCAGGUUAUUCCAGCAGUGAUGGAGUUAAUUGAGAAAGUUUUGUGGGUUUUUUUUUUUUUGAAUCAUCAAGUAACUUCCUCUUCACUUCAGCACCCGGAACAAAACAGUGAGAGAAUAUCCUGCUACAGAAACGCUAGGAGAGGACUGCGAGACCGUCUUCUUUCCAUGUUUCUCUUACAGCUGGGAAUGGAAGCUGAUGCAGACAAACCAUGCUGAUCACCUUUUCAUUUUUUACCAGCAUCAUCCUGUGCAGUGACCUAGUGGGAGACAGAACAGAUGGCUCAAAUACAAGCGAGGAAAACAUAACUAAAUUACAUGGCGGACAGAAAAAUACUGCAAAGAACAUGAAAACGGCAUCUUCUCUUCAUUUAUGGCCAGAGGCAAAAUGCAAACUGUUGAACUUGGACUUUGGAUUCAAUGCUUUUGAUGAUCAGUACAGAGGUUGUACUAAACUUCUCGAGGAAGAUGUCAUGCCCAAAAUCUUAACCUUAGAAAAGGCAAUAAACCUUGAGUUUGGCUUAUCGUGGAACCGAGCAGAGGUGCGGUGGGAGCAAAUAAAAACACAAUUCCGUCUUCCUCCUGGUUUUAAAGAUGAAUUUGGAACUGCAGUUAUAGUCUACACUACUGAUUGGCCAAAAGAGAACCCAAUAUAUAAAGUAUUCAAUGAAAAUGUCAGCACAGCUGGAAAAUCUAGAACUCAUUAUAUCCAAAACUUUCACUUCAAAUCCCUCCACUUCUACCUUACACGGGCUCUGCAGACCCUUAAGAAAACCUCCAAGAGGAGGCACCAAACGUUCCGAGGGACAGAUGAAUCUUACGAGGUGUCAGAAUCUGUUCUAAGGUUUGGGAGAUUCACGUCUUCCUCAUUGAACAUCGAAGUAGCCAAAGAAUAUUAUUCUGGAUUACUUUUUGAGAUCGUGACUUGCUUUGGAGUCGACAUCCACAAACUUUCUUCUUUCCCCGAAGAAAAAGAGGUUCUGAUCCCAGUGGCGGAGAAGUUUAUCUACAGGGGAAAGAAGGGGAACAUGCAUGUGAUAGACAGCACAUGUGAACUGUGUAGCUAUUUUAAUUGCGCGCUUUUUGGAGAGGAGAAGCUCGACGUUCCUGUUUGCAGUACCUCUGCCGUCUGAUGAAGCUGUUUGGCUGAACCUGUCCCCCUCGGAGUUAUCCAUGUCAUUUAUCACUGACGUUGAUCUAGAACAUUGUGGAUUGAGAUUAUUUUAAUAUUCUGUUAGAAUUCUCUGACAGUGGGCGGGCUUGAUAUUAACGUAAACACCCAUUUCAAAAAUGUUAGUUCGAGGGAAAAAAAAUGUUUUGAAAAAAGCUUCCAAAACAAUCUGCAGAAAAAUAGUUUUGGUUCAUAACAUGUGGCGGCAUCGCUGUUAACCUAUUCUAUGUAUUAAAGCACAUAUAUCUGACCUGCCUUAAUUUACACAUGAAUUGCCAUCGUCCUACGGUAUCCAUUGCCUGUAUAGAGACACAGCUACUCAGGGUUACAAUGUGUAAAGUCCAGCUCUCGCUGCUGAUGUUCAGAUCUCUCCAUCUUGUCCCAUUGACCGUGUGUCGAUUAGUAUAUUCUGGGUGGUUGUAAAGGGGGGUUGUUGUCAUUUACUUCACUGUUGCCUGAGUUAGCAAGGGGAGCUUCUUGU